AUGCUGAAGCUGACUUCAAAGGCCGAGAGAAAACUUAGGAGCAGGUGGGUGAGUCCAGCGGAGGAGUCAGCAGGUGGGAAGGUGCCCGAGGCGAGGAGGGGGCUGCCCAGAGGCCCACAGGAGGCCCCGCAGGACGAGGAGGGGAGAGGGUCUCGGCGACCCCUUGAACCUGGCGAGCAGGGAGAUCGCCGGGGUGAUGACAUCAUCCUGCCCCAUGAUGCCCCGGGGCCAGUGGGAGGAGCGGGAGAGAGCUGCCCCCCACUCCCCCACCGCUGUCUGCCAGGCAGGGACACCCCAGCGACCCUGAGGAGCCCUCGGCGGAGCAGGGCCCGAGAGGGGGGCCCCACGAGCGGCGACGCCCUGACACUGAAGCAGGCUGCUGCCCGACACCCUAGAGACCUUGGCGAUGGAAACAUCCCCGGGGUCUACAGCGGCCGCGCGCCCUUCGCCUGGACCCUGCCGCGACCCCGCACGCCGGGGAGAAAAGCAAAGGAGCGGCGCCGUCCAGGCAGCCCAGCGCAGCCAGGCGGUGCGGCGCUCGGCGAAAGGGGUUCCCGGCCCCCCGGGGGCAGGGACAAGGCGGGCGAUGGGGGGAGCGCCUGA